GCUAUAGUAUGGAUUGUAUUAACGAGGUAAAAGAAAAGGUCAGCCUCUGAAAUGUCAGUGGAGACCACGGCAAACAUGUGUGGUCCUCGUAGUCUAGAGACUGGCGAGAAGAAAACAAUUUCCAUUUGCCUCGAAGAAGAUCGCUGUGUUCAAGAGAAAGAUGAAAUCAAGUCUGCUAAAGAAGAGAUGGGUGGGGUCAAAGAAGAAAAUGAAGAACGGUUGGACAUGAUGCUGGACCAAGUGGGAAAGGAUUACCAGUCCCUCCAAAUGCGUUUCUUUGACAUCUUGCGCAGAGAAGCUUCUGAAAAAGGCAAAGCAGAUUCAGCUGAUUCCCAUGAUGAAACUGAAGAGCCUGAGCUCGUGUCACUUUGCCUGGGAAGAGGUCCAAGGGACCCCAAAAAAGAUACAAGAAUCGGAAACACUACUAAACCUAAAGAAAGUGAAGAUUUGGCGGCUCGCCUUACCCUCAGAUUAGACUGCAAUUGUGAAACGUCAACGGAAAUGGUGUCUGAUCAGAGCCCAGGAAACAGCUCAGGAGAAACAAAGGAAGCAGAAAUGGGGGGAACAUGGCAAUCAAAUAAAUCUGUCAAGGCCAAAAGUGGAGAAGAUGAAAUUUCAGAGCAGAUACCAGCUAAGAGAGCGAGGGUUUCUGUGAGAGCAAGAUGUGACACCCCCACGAUGAGUGAUGGAUGCCAGUGGAGAAAAUAUGGACAGAAGCUAGCCAAAGGGAAUCCUUGUCCACGUGCAUACUAUCGCUGCACGGUUGCACCAGCAUGUCCAGUCAGAAAGCAGGUGCAAAGAUGUGCUGAGGACAUGUCCAUCUUAAUCACUACAUAUGAAGGGACCCACAACCACCCACUUUCAGUUUCAGCCACAGCCAUGGCUUCCACCACUUCAGCUGCUGCUUCCAUGCUAUUGUCAGGUUCCUCAACAUCUCAGCCUGCAGAUAACAGUUUUGCAUCAUUUACAAAUGCUCCCACACUCCUUAAUGGCCUAAACGUUGGACAUUUUGAUCCAUCAAAAGCAAAACAGGUCUUCUUGCCCAACCCUGCCCCACCUUUGUUCCCCACAAUCACUCUAGACUUAACUUCUGCUUCCUCCUCAUCAACCCAUGUCAAUAAUCGUCCCCCUUCAAACUUUGCUUUAAACCCAAGAUUUCCUCCAACAAGUCUAAGUUUUUGCUCAAAGGAGCCAAACAUUCAACAAGCAGCAUUGGGUAGUGGAAUCCUUCAUCAUGCGAAAACCCACGUGAGGUCAGUUGACCUGUUAAAUCAAUUUCAUGAACAGUUCCAUCAAAACUGCAUGCAAAACCAAGCUCCUUCACGAGAGGCUUUAGCAGAAACCUUAACCAAAGCAAUCAGUACGGAUCCAAGACUUCGAUCAGUAAUAGCUGCAGCAGUUUCAUCCAUAAUGGGUCAAGGAUCCACCAGUGUGAAUCAGCCAGGGGAAGGGGAAAUUUCAGGGUUAGGGUUGAACUUGAAACUAGGAGAACAUUCUCGGUUUGCUUCUUCCAAUCCGUUGACCCAAAAUGGGAAAGGAUGCUUGCCAGGUUACUUCAACAGACUGUCAUCAAAUUCCUAUGUUGAAAACUUCUUGCCUCUCCAACCUCCAGUUCCAUUUUCUGUCUCUAAGAGAAGCGUGCCUCCUGCCAUUAGUGAUCAGGUCAAUCGUUAAGUUCUCAAGAACAACUCACAGCUUUAGAUUCUCUUUCUUAACCGUGUAUGUAGUUCAAGCGCAAUUCUGCUAAACUCAAGGAGGGGAAGCUGUCCUCUGAAAUUACCUUUUAUACUAUCAUUUAAAAGAAUCUCUAAAUAAAAAUAGCGAGUGAGAUACAAAAGAUGAAAAUCAGAGGCUGAAGAACAGCAGGAAAUGAAUCUUGUCGUCUGACACUGAGCGGAUUUAAAUUCCCUGCUAUGCCUAGAUCCAUGUAAUACUCAAGUACAGUGUAAAAAUAUGUCAUUUUUAUAUUUUUAUUUUAC